AUUCACAAAACUACAUAUAACACAUCGAUAAACCACGGUGGGGUCGAGUAUAAAAUCAGUGUGUCGGAAGUGAGUGAAAGUGAAAUCUCUUCCACAGCUCUUCGUUAACAAGUGAACUCCAAGCGUACCAGGAUGUGGAUACUCGUACUAGUACUAUUCAGCGUCGUAGUAGCGCUCCUGUCAUAUUUGGACAUGAGAAAACCAAAAAACUAUCCACCAGGUCCAAAAUGGUUGCCGAUUUUGGGAAGUGCUCUUACUGUAAAUUCACUUAGGAAACAAACCGGGUAUUUGUAUCGUGCUACUAUUUGUCUAGCCGAAUCGUAUGGACCAAUUGUUGGUCUGAAAGUAGGAAAAGAUAGACAAGUGGUUUGCUGUGGAUAUAAUGCAAUUAAAGAAAUGUUAACAAAAGAAGAAUUCGAUGGACGGCCACAAGGACCAUUUUACGAGACUAGAACAUGGGGUACACGAAGAGGUCUUCUACUAACAGACGAAGAAUUUUGGGUAGAACAACGAAGAUUUGUAUUGCGUCAUUUGCGAGAAUUUGGUUUUGGAAAAAGAACAAUGGCUGAACUUGUACAAGAUGAAGCCGUUCAGUUAGUCGAAGAUUUCAAAGAAAAAAUCGCAAUGUCUAAAAAUGGUAAUGGUGAAAUAUUUGAAAUGAGAGAUGCUUUCAGUGUAGGAGUCUUGAACACAUUAUGGUCAAUGAUGGCUAGCAAAAGAUACAAUGCAGAUGACAUCGAACUAAAAAAUCUACAAGCUUUGUUAACUGAACUUUUUGCUAACAUCGAUAUGGUUGGCGCUUUGUUUAGUCAAUUCCCGGUUUUAAGAUUUAUUGCUCCUGAAGCAUCUGGAUAUAAAUCUUUUGUCAAUAUUCAUCAACAAGUAUGGAAAUUCCUCAAAGCAGAACUCGAUGAUCAUAAGGAAACAUUUAUUAUAAAUCAACCAAGAGAUUUGAUGGAUGUGUAUUUACAAAUGCUACAUUCAGAAGACAAAAAAGAAAGUUAUUCAGAAUCUCAGCUCUUAGCUAUCUGUAUGGAUAUGUUUAUGGCUGGAUCUGAGACUACCAGUAAAUCUUUAGGAUUCGGUUUCCUGUACCUACUUCUAAACCCAGAAGUUCAGAAGAAGGCUCAAGAGGAAAUCGAUAGAGUGGUUGGUCGAGACCGACUUCCCACCUUAAAUGAUAGGCCUAAUAUGCCUUAUCUAGAAGCCCUCGUAUUGGAGUCAGUUAGAGUAUUUAUGGGACGAACUUUCAGCAUUCCACAUAGAGCUCUGAAAGAUACCACAUUACAGGGUUAUCAUAUUCCUAAAGAUACAAUGGUGAUUGCUAAUUUUGCCGCAUUACUUAAUGAUGAUGACGUAUGGGAUCACCCAGAUAGAUUUUGGCCAGAAAGAUUCAUUGGUUGCGAUGGAAAAUUAAUUGUUCCAGACGAAUACUUGCCAUUCGGAUAUGGUAAACAUCGUUGUAUGGGACAAACGCUCGCUAGAUCAAAUAUAUUUUUAUUCUCUGCUUGUCUAUUACAAAACUUUGAUUUCUCAGUACCCGAUGGUCAAGCACCGCCAAGCACUUUAGGCGUUGAUGGAGUAACUCCUUCGCCUGGAGAAUUCAAUGCUUACGUCAGUCUCCGACCGAGAUAAUAAUACAUUUAAAUUUUGAAUAGUCUUAUUUUUAAACUUUUUUAUAAUAAUAGAUGUAACACUAGUAUAGUUUAAAUAUUAACGUAUACUAUUGUAUGGUUAAAUGACUGAAUGAUUUUACAACCAAACAGUAUAAUAUUGUAUGAUCUACUACGAUUUCUGAAUCCAAAAAUGUAUUUUAUAAUUUGUACUAAAAUUAUGUGUAGUAAUAAAUUGCAUUAUUUUAUACUAUAAUAUGUAUUAUGUGUAUUUUUUUUAAAUAUAAUUAAAUUAUAUUCAUAGAUAUAUAAUCAGGUACAAGCUAUAUACAUUUAUACCAACUCAAUAACUAUUUGUUUAGUGCAACUUAUUAAAUAUUUAUAAAUGUACAAUACGAUAUAUAUAAAUAUAUAGUUAUACAUGUACGAAAUUAUUAUAUAAAAUUAAGUAUUAUUAUAAAAUAUAUAUUAUGGACUUUUCACCCCAUCAGAAAAUUCCUGAUUGUGCUUUUAAUAUUAUAUGGUAAGUGCUUAAAAUGUAGAAGAGACAAAACAACUUAAUUUUGGUAUGUGAAAAUAAAUAAUUGACAGUUGUAUAAGACCUUUUAAAUUGUAUAAAAUCUCUUUUAGGAAGGAAGCAAAAUGUGUAUACCUAUUCAUUACGUACCUACUAUAUGUAUAUAUACGUCUAUACAGUAUACCUACAUUUAAUUAUUAAUCACCUCAAUAAGACGUAUAGCCUGGUUUUCACUAAUACCUAUAUAAUUUUGUGUUGUAUUUUUUUAAAUUUAAUGUUAUAAUAAAAUAUAUUUAACUGUGACUGUCAAA